GACGACGGGCAAUGUACGUGUUCCAGGUAUGGCUCCGUAGGGCUGCAUGCCGUACCAGACCGAGAGCAGGGGUUCGGCUCGGAGGCCCCACAGGGCAGAGCGGAUCCUGGCCCCGUAUUGGCUGUGUUGGAGCUGACAUCGGCGCGGCCGCUGAGUGCCGCAUUAGUAAAGGAGCGAAUGGGAGCGCAGCGAGUGAGAUUCUUGCCAGGGAACCACUGGCAACCGGUCAGCCAAACGGUGCGGAAAGCCCGGUCGGACCAGGGGGUCGUCGUGAGACAUGGAGACAAGGGGACCGGGGAAGGGAGUGGGAGUUUGAUGAGCAGAGAAACACCCAAGAGACAGGCUCUGAUGAUCACACCGCGACAACCGAACCAUGAGAGGGUGACGAGGCCAUGUCAUUGGGAGUCGGGCUAAGAUACGUAGCCAAGGCCCGGGGUGGUUGCGGCGUACUGCAGCCAAUCAACCCGCCCAGGGGCCUUUACUUGCACAUCACCCGUCCUUUGCAUCUCGCCUUUGUCUCGGGAACCUAUCGAGGUAAGAUGCGGAGUCACCAGUUCCAAGGCUGCGGGGUGCUGACGUCUUGCCUGUUUGGCGAGCCGAGCUGCGGCCGAGACGCCCGGAGUCGUGCCUGCUCAUGGCAUCACGCUUUCGCCAAGACCAUCGAUGCAGCAAGAGAUGCGAGAAGUUUGGUAAGAUUUGUUGAGGAAGAGAGGAAGGGGUGACGGGAAGAUGGGGGGCGGCUUGGGGCGACGGUCACGUAAACGACAGG